AUGUCAAACUCUAUACAUUCAUCAUCGUCAUCAAGCUCCUCGCGGGCCGCCAGCCGCGAGAGGCCGGCUCAGCAUCAAGAGUUCAACCAUUUACGUCUCCAGAGGACUGAAACUCGCGAGACUCUCCAAGAGUUGGGCGUCUCACCAACGCCGCCCAACCCCGAUGUCAACUACCCCGAACUUGGCCGGCAAGAAAACCCCGUCUUCCCCGAAGAGUACACACUCGAAACCGUUACCGGUCUGGUUCCCGUCAGGACUUUGGAGCAAAUCCGAUCCAGAGCGUCAGUUGCGCCUUCGCGGCUGGGACGGCGGCUCAGUUACGUUUCCGAGGCCGACCUGGAAAAACAGGCGGAAAAAGAAGAAGAGUUCGUAACCUUCACCAUCGCUGACCCGGAGAAUCCCCACAAUUGGUCGAAAAUCUACCGAUGGUACAUUACCAUGGUCGCGUCUCUGCUCGUGGUGUGCAUCGCUUACGGCUCGUCCAUAGUCACCGGCGGCUUAGGGCUGAUCGAAGACAAGUACGACGUCUCGCUCGAGGUCGCCAUUCUGACCUGCUCCAUCAUGGUGUGCGGGUUCGCCGUCGGGCCUCUCCUGUGGUCUCCUCUGUCGGAGAUCAUCGGCCGGCGCCCGGUCUACAUCAUCUCUCUGGCGCUCUACACCAUCUUCAACAUCCCCUGCGCGCUGUCGCCCAACAUUGGCGGGCUGCUCGCCUGCCGAUUCCUGUGCGGCGUCUUCUCCAGUUCCGGCCUUUCGCUGGCCGGCGGCACGAUCGCUGAUAUCUGGAACCUCGAGGAGCGGGGCAUGGCUAUUGCCUACUUCGCCGCGGCGCCUUACUGCGGGCCUGUCAUUGGCCCAAUCGUGUGCGGCUGGAUCAACGUGGGCAGCGGCCGUCUCGACCUGUUCUUCUGGACCAAUAUGGCCUUCUGCGGUGUCAUCAUGAUCAUGGUCGGCCUCAUCCCAGAAACGUAUGCCCCGGUGAUCCUGAAGCGCCGCGCCGCCCGCCUUCGAAAGGAAACCGGCGACCCGAACAUCAUCACAGAGCAGGAGAAGGUCAAGCUGACGCUCAAGGAAAUCAUCCGUACCAGCUUGAUCCGGCCCAUCACCAUGAUCCUGACCGAGCCCGUCUUGGACCUGAUGUGCAUGUACAUUGUGCUGAUCUACGCCAUGCUGUACGCCUUCUUCUUCGCCUACCCAGUCAUCUUCGGCGAGCUGUACCACUACAACGACGGCCAGAUCGGCCUGAUGUUCAUCCCCAUCCUGAUCGGCGCCGGCUUUGCCCUGGUCGCCACGCCCAGUCUGGAGCACCAGUUCAAGAGAAUCUGCAUCUCCCGGGCCCCAACCCCCGAAGACCGGCUGAUCGGUGCCAUGUGGGGUGCUCCCUUCGUCCCUAUCGCCCUCUUCAUCCUGGGCGCCACCGCCUACAAACACAUCAUAUGGGUCGGCCCUGCUUCCGCCGGUAUCGCCUUCGGUUUCGGUAUGGUGCUCUGCUACUACUCGGUCAACAACUAUAUCAUCGACUCGUACCAGAAGUACGCCGCCUCCGCCCUGGCCGCAAAGGUCUUUUUGCGAUCCGGCGGUGGUGCUGCCUUCCCCUUGUUCACCACUCAGAUGUAUCAUACCCUGGGUCUGCAUUGGGCCUCGUGGCUGCUUGCCUUUAUCGGCGUCGCCAUGGUCUUUAUUCCUUUCAGCUUCUACUUUUUCGGUGCCCGCGUCCGGGCCAAGCUCAACAAGGACUAG